CCGCCAUGGAGGCCAUCAAGAAGAAGAUGCAGAUGCUGAAGCUGGACAAGGAGAACGCGCUGGACCGCGCGGAGCAGGCGGAGGCCGAGCAGAAGCAGGCGGAGGAGCGGAGCAAGCAGCUCGAGGACGAGCUGGCCGCCAUGCAGAAGAAGCUCAAGGGGACGGAGGACGAGCUGGACAAGUACUCGGAGGCGCUCAAGGACGCGCAGGAGAAGCUGGAGCUGGCGGAGAAGAAGGCGGCCGAUGCCGAGGCAGAGGUGGCCUCUCUGAACCGCCGCAUCCAGCUGGUGGAGGAGGAGCUGGAUCGGGCGCAGGAGCGCCUGGCCACCGCCCUGCAGAAGCUGGAGGAGGCGGAGAAGGCGGCCGACGAGAGCGAGAGAGGCAUGAAAGUCAUAGAAAACAGAGCCCUGAAGGAUGAGGAGAAGAUGGAACUGCAGGAGAUCCAGCUGAAGGAAGCCAAGCACAUCGCCGAAGAGGCCGACAGGAAGUAUGAAGAGGUUGCUCGGAAACUGGUGAUCAUAGAAGGAGAUCUGGAGCGUACUGAAGAGAGGGCCGAGCUUGCGGAGUCUAAGUGUUCCGAGCUGGAGGAGGAGCUGAAGAAUGUCACCAACAAUCUCAAGUCUCUUGAGGCUCAGGCUGAGAAGUACUCCCAAAAAGAGGAUAAAUAUGAAGAAGAGAUCAAGAUCCUGACUGAUAAACUCAAAGAGGCGGAGACUCGUGCCGAGUUUGCUGAACGGUCUGUAGCCAAGCUGGAGAAGACCAUUGAUGAUUUGGAAGAUGAGCUCUAUGCCCAGAAACUGAAGUACAAAGCAAUUAGUGAGGAACUGGACCACGCCCUGAAUGACAUGACUUCCAUAUAAACUGAAAUCCACCAAAGAGGAGCAUCUCUGCACACAAAGAAUGCUGGACCAGACCCUGCUAGACCUGAACGAAAUGUAAUGGAGCCCUGCCACUGCCUCUGUCACGCAACGCCAGAGAGGGCCAGCCCAGCCGCUGCUGCCCUCUAACCCUUGGGGACCACGGUUUACCUUCACUUGCCAACUUGACCAAACAUUAAUCUUCCACUUUCUCUCAGGGUUAGAGGUCAUCAGGUUGGGCAUAGCUUGAAGCAGCAUUAUUAAGGGAAAUAAACAAUGCAAUAAUGGUGGGGGAGCAUGUUUGAGAUGUAUACAUUUCGUAACUACCUUUUUUUUUUUUUUUUUUGUAGCAACCAUUGUAAACAUUCCAAGUAACUGAGGCUCAUGAGCUACAUACACUUAAAAAGCUCUCAGCUUUAAAAUUUGGUAUUAACCUUCUGUUACUCAGCUCUGGGCUGCCCUGCAUGGGCAGGGGAAGGAGGAGGGGGUGACAGUUCCUAGUAACCUGGCUAGGAAUGGGAAGCCAGUUGGGAAUCCUUCCUGCCUCAUCCCCUGGGGACCUGGUGGGGCUUGACGGCCUCUCCAGAAGCUAUUUGCCAAAAGCACAGUCCAGUUUCUCAGCUUUAAGGUCAUGCUGUGUUGUAGAGAAGCAAUGUAAGCAGGAGGAGAUUUUUUUUUUUUUUUUAAGCCAAGUUUAUCUGAAUGUUUGAAUUUUCACAGAAUUGUUUUAUUUUUUUUUGGUUUUGUUUUCUUGUUCCCCACACUAUUGGCCACUUUCUUUCCCCCCGUGGCUUUAGAGAA